AUGUCACGCUUCUUCCACGGUGUCGGCAGUGACAGUGAGACUAGCUCCUCCGAAGAGGAGGAACUCUACAGUGAUCGCGAUGAGGAAGAAGAAUCUGAAGAAGAAGAAUCCAGUGAGGAGGAAUCUUCGGAGGAGGAGGAGUCCUCCUCUGAAGAGGAAACAGGGCGAACAGGUGCUAGCCGUUUCAUGAGAGAUGUCUCUGAAAGCGAGGAAAGUGAAGAUGAGGACAGAGUAACGGUCGUGAAGAGUGCGAAGGAUAAGAGGCUGGAGGAGCUUGAGAGUACCGUCAAGCUGAUCGAAAAUGCCGAGAAGAUUAACGACUGGGCGGUGAUCUCGACAGAGUUCGACAAGUUGAACCGGCAAAUCACCAAGAUAACGCAGUCGGGGCCCGUGCCCAAGCUAUACAUUAAAGCCAUUGCUGAUCUCGAAGACUUCUUGAACGAGACGAUAGCCAAGCAGAAGGUCUCGACGAAGAAGAUGAACGCCAGCAAUGCCAAGGGCCUCAACGCAGUUAAGCAGCGUAUCAAGAAGAACAACAAAGAGUAUGCGACUGAAAUUGAAAAGUAUCGGGAGGAUAAGGAGAAGUACAUGGAAGCCGAUGAGGAAGCGGAGGAGGUCAAGAUUGUUGAACGACCUACAAGGGCUCGCAUGGACCCCUUGGAAUCUCUGGCUGCUGCAGAUGAGGAGGGUUUCUCAACUGUCGGUCGUCAUGGGAAGGCGUUGCAAUACACCCCCGAAAGCAUCCUCAAACAUCUCCGCAUUAUUGUCGAGUCGAGAGGGAAGAAGAAUACCGACCGUCAAGAACAGAUCCGGACAAUGGAGAAGCUACUGGAAGUGGCUCAGACUCCGUAUCAACGUAUUCGAGUCUAUCUUACGCUCAUCGCCACCCGCUUCGACCUUACCUCCACUUCAGCUUUGAGUCACAUGAGCACCGAGCAAUGGAAGCUUGCCGAACGAGAGUUCUCGAGUCUCCUGACUGUCCUGGAAGAGAACCGUGAUCAUGUUGUUACUGAAGGGGCAGAAGAGUGGGAAGACGAUGAGAAGCAACCACAGGUCGCGCCGGGCGAGGUUCUCUAUAUUCCUGGGAGCAUUGUCUCCUUCGCCGAGAGGUUGGACGAUGAGCUCACGCGGUCUUUGCAGCACAUUGACCCUCAUACUGCUGAGUACAUUGAACGCCUUAGCGAUGAGCAGUCCCUGUAUAACAACCUCGUCCGAACUCAGCUUUAUGUUGAGGAACUUGGCAAGACCGACAAGAGUGAACCGCGACAGGACAGCAUCAACCGUAUUGUGAUGAGGAGAUUGGAACACAUCUAUUUCAAGCCGUCCCAGGUUGUCACCAUUCUCGAGGACGCCACCUGGAAGGCGAUCCCUCAGGGCUUGGACUCUUCUAUCACACCUCGUGGGAAAUCUACCGACGUACUAGCUCUCGUCCAGACCCUCUGCAACUACCUCUUCAAGUACAGCGACGGCAUUAUCCGAGCCCGGGCAAUGCUGUGCCAGAUUUACUUUCUCGCUCUCCACGACAACUACUAUCGCGCUCGCGACCUAAUGCUCAUGUCCCAUCUGUCUGAGAAUAUCUCGAACUUCGAUGUGAGCACGCAGAUUCUCUUUAACAGAACCCUCGUCCAAAUAGGCCUCUGUGCAUUCCGGGCUGGCCUGAUCUACGAGGCUCAGAAUACGCUUUCAGAAAUCUGUGGUAGUGGGCGCCAGAAGGAGCUGUUGGCGCAGGGCAUUAUCCUGCAGAGAUACUCAACUGUCUCACCAGAGCAGGAGAAGCUUGAGCGACAGCGCCAGCUUCCCUUUCACAUGCACAUCAACCUCGAGUUGCUGGAGUGCAUCUACCUUACCUCUAGCAUGUUCCUUGAGGUUCCGCUCAUGGCCCAGACUUCAUCCAGUCCCGAGAUGAAACGCCGUGUCAUCUCGAAGACGUUCCGUCGUAUGCUUGAUUACAACGAGCGGCAAGUCUUCACGGGUCCUCCCGAGAAUACUCGCGACGGCGUCAUUAUGAGUGCGAAGUUCCUUGCCGCCGGCGACUGGAAGAAGGCUACGGAGCUGCUCACCUCCAUCAAGAUCUGGGAUCUGAUGCCGCAUCCAGACAAGAUUAAGAAGAUGCUCGCAGAACAGAUUCAGGAAGAAGGUCUACGAACCUACCUGUUCACCUAUGCACCCUUCUAUGACACUCUCUCCAUUGCUACCCUGGCCAACAUGUUCGAGCUUCCUGAGAAGAAGAUUGCUGCCAUUGUUAGCCGCAUGAUUUCCCAUGAGGAGCUUGCCGCUGCGCUCGACCAGGUCAACGGUGCCAUUGUCUUCCGCAAGGGCGUUGAACUGUCUCGUCUCCAGUCCCAGAUUGUGACGCUCGCUGACAAGUCCAUGUCUCUCUUGGAGGCCAACGAGAAGACAUUGGAACAGCGCACUCAGGGAAUGGCCAACGCCUUCCAGCGAGACCAAGGGGCCGGUGGCCGUGGCGGUCGUGGCCCUGGACGCAGUGGCCAGACGCGUGGUGGUCCAAGGUUGCCCGGUGGUCAGCAACGAAGACCAGGAGGUCAACAGUUCAGUGGAGGUGCAUUGGGUGGUGCGAUCAAGGCAUAA